GAAGACUACAAGUCGUCCUUAGCAACAGCUUAUUUAUAAAUUGAACAACUUGCUUACUAUUCGAUAACUGCCUGCUUUCUCCUUAAAUAUGCCCGGAAGUACCGCUAGUGGCACAGUAAGUCAGGCUGGCUCAAUAGGAUCCAAAGCUUCGAGAGCAAGAACAAAAACUUAUCAUAAAGUUGCUCAUACUUCUCAAGUGGACGAAUCACUCUUUGGAGAAAGAAACAGCACAAUCCAAAGACGAUCUAUGCUAGAAGGAAAAUGGAAUAAUGACGGUAGCGUGAAAGAAACAACGCCCUUAGAGAAGGCUGCAAGUGAAAGAAGUGCCAAAAGGAGUGGUGGCCGAAAAAACAAAAAGGAAACAGUUCGUAUCGUUACUAAGGAUCUCAUCAGGAACCUUAUAGUUCCAAAUGAAGAUCCUUCUGGAAGAUCUAUUGUGAUUACUCGAGAGGAUUUACAUCGUUUAUUACGCGCAUCCAGGGUUCUCACAAUGGAAGAAAGACAAGCGCAGUUAGAAAUGAUGAAGAGAAGAAAAGAAGAACUUCAAGAUGAAGUUUUGAGUAGAAAAGCCAAAAUGGCCGAACACGAUGCUGCUCGUGUAAAAAAUGAAGCACUAUCAGAAAUAGAAGAAGAAGCUAUUGCAAAUUCUCAGAAUCUUUUAGCAAAGGCAGAAAGACUUCGUCAAGAACAAGAAGAUGAGAUAAAAUAUCUCAACGAAUUGAUUUUAAAUGCUAAAUGUCAUGCCAUUCGAGAUGCUCAGAUCACCGAGAAGAAAAUUAUGGAAAAAGAGAUGCACGAGGAGGAAAAGAGACUGGAUAUGAUGAUGGAAAAAGAUAGACAGUUGCAAUUAAAAAUGGAAGAAGAGAUUUCUCAUAAGAGAAAGGAACAACAGUUGAUAGGAGCCAACAGAUUGCUGGAACAGAUCGCUCUAAACGAACAAGAAAAACUGUUAGAAAUGGAAAGAAAAGAUGCCGAAUGUAGAGCAAUUAAUGCUCACAAUGAGAAAAUGUGCGUUGAGGAGAGGGAAGAGAUGGAACGGCUAAGAGAACGCCAGAUACAACUACGAGAAGAAUUGGACAAAGGAAAUCGUGAAUUGUUAACUAGAAAGGUAAAAGAAAAGGAUAGAGAAAGAGCCCUGGAGGAACAAGUUAGGAGGUUUCAACAGGAAAAGGCAGAGAGAGAAGCUGCCCUGGAAGCGGAACAAGAGAGAGUAAGGUUAGAAAAAGAAAGAGAAGUCGCCCGAUUGAGAGCUAUGCAAGAAAGAGAGCAAGACAAAAAAGCUGAAAUGGACGCUCUCCGUGCGAAAAGAGCUCAAGAGGCUGCAGAGAGACAGUGGCGUCAAAAGGAGGCAGAAGCAGCUGAGAAAACGGCUAAGACACAAGCUAUGUUAGCAGAAGCUAGAAGAGAGCAAUUGGAAGCUAGAGAACGUCAUGCAGCAGUUCAAGCUCAACGUGAAAGAGCAGAUUUUGAAAGAGUAUUACGAGCUCAAAGAGAGCUACAAGAGAAAGAGAUUCGACAGGAACAGGAGGUUCAUAAGAGUAGAAAAAAGUUUGCGGAAGAUGUUCGUCAUCAAAUCAGACAAAAGGAAAACGAAAGAAUUGCCCAAAGAAAUGCUUUCUUCGAAGAAGGCGUACAGUUGGAUAGUGAAGCGAAAGCAAGAAGAGCAAGAUUGGAUGCUCUCAAAGAAGAAAAACUACAGCAACUCAGAGAGUUAGGCCUACAUGAAAAAUAUAUAGCUGGUGUAGAAAGGAAGAUAAGAGCACCUCAACAUAUAUCAGCUUAAUUCGAAAUAGUAAGUAUUUACCUCCUCAAAAGAAAAUGAAAAAAUCAACGUUUAAAUAUUUAAAAAUUGUCAUAUUAAUGAUAAACUUACAAAAGAAUGAUGUGGUAUUACUCUAUCAGUUUAUUACUUAUUUUUAUCUUUUAAAACCCAACAAUACAACAAUGUUUUUAUGGAAAAAAUAAUAAAUAGAUAUUUUUUUCAUUGAAAAAUUUUGAAAUCUG